AUGGAUCCCCAAUCCAUGAGGGACGAUCUGCGUCUGUUCCAGAGCACCCUGCUGCAGGACGGACUCAAAGAGCUGCUGAAUGAGAAUAAGUUAAUUGACUGUGUCUUAAAAGUUGGAGACAGGAGCAUCCCCUGCCACCGGCUCAUUCUCUCAGCAUGUAGUCCUUAUUUCCGGGAGCUUUACUUCGCUGAGGAUGGCAAGGACGUGAACAAAUCUGAGUUUGUUCUGGAGAACGUGGAUCCCAACAUUAUGGAGUUGAUUGUGAACUACAUGUACUCAGCAGACAUAGACAUCAAUGAGAACAACGUGCAGGAUAUUUUGGUUGUUGCCAAUCGCUUCCAGAUCCCCUCGGUGUUCACGGUCUGUGUGAACUACCUGCAGAAGCGGCUGUCCAAGAAAAACUGCCUCGCCAUCUACAGGCUGGCACUGAUGCUGAACUCCGCCAGAUUGGCAAUAGCGGCUCGAGAUUACAUCGCAGAUCGGUUUGAGACCAUUUCCAUGGAUGAGGAUUUCUUAGAACUUUCUCCUCCUGAACUCCUUGCUAUUAUGGGAGCCGAUGCACUAAACGUGGAAAAAGAGGAGGUGGUGUUUGAGACUGUCAUGAAGUGGAUCAGGAAGGACAAAGAGAAGCAUGUAAAAUCCUUGGGAGAGGCUUUCGAUUGCAUUCGCUUCCGUUUGCUCCCGGAGAAGUACUUCAAGGAAAAGGUAGAGAAAGAUGACCUCAUCAAGGCAGAUCCAGAACUUCUCAAGAAAAUCAAAGUCAUCAAGGAAGCCUUUGCGGGGAAGCUGCCCGAGAAGAAAAAGGUAGAAGAUGGUGAGGAAGGAGAAGAGGAAAAGUUGCCCGGCUACCUGAACAAUGACCGCAGAUAUGGCAUGUAUGCCAAAGACAUGGUGCUGAUGAUCAGUGACACUGCCGCCGUGGCCUAUGACAGCCAGGAGAACGAAUGCUUACUCGCUGCGAUGGCAGAGCACAUCCCACGGAACCACGUCAGUCUGACAUCCAAGACCAACAACCUGUAUUUGUUGGGAGGACUCUUUGUUGAUGAUGAAGACAAAGAAAACCCGUUGCAAUGUUACUUCUACCAGUUGGACAGUCUUUCUUCUGAAUGGAUCGCUCUGCCACCGAUGGCCUCCCCCAGGUGUCUCUUCGGUAUGGGGGAGUUUGAGAAUCUCAUCUUUGCUGUAGCAGGAAAAGAUCUACAGGCUGAGGAGUCACAUGACACAGUUUUGUGCUAUGACACCGAAAAAAUGAAGUGGAGUGAGACGAAGAAGUUGCCCCUAAAGAUCCACGGCCACUGUGUUGUCUCUGAGAACGGGCUGGUUUACUCUGUCGGAGGCAAAACAGAUGACAAUAAAUCAACCAACAAGAUGUUUGCAUACAACCACAAGAGGUCAGAGUGGAAGGAGGUGGCCUCCAUGACGACGCCCAGAUCGAUGUUCGGAGCAGUUAUCCACAAAGGGAGAAUCGUUGUGGCUGGAGGCGUCAAUGACGACGGACUCACAGCUACAUGUGAAGCCUACGACUUUGCAACCAACAAGUGGUCACCCUUCACAGAGUUUCCCCAGGAGAGGACUUCAAUCAACCUGGUCAGCUGUGGUGGGCUGCUCCACGCUGUGGGAGGCUUCGCUGUGAUGGAGAAUGAGAACAAAGAGUGUGCACCCACUGAAAUCACUGACAUUUGGCAGUAUGAAGAUGACAAGAAACAGUGGACUGGUAUGAUCAAAGAGAUGCGUUACGCAGCUGGAGCGUCGUGUGUGUCCAUGCGUCUAAAUGCAGCCAGAAUGCCCAAACUGUAA